AAUACUAUAAGCAUCGCAAUAUAAUCGACGAAAAGAACAUAGACGUCAUGUUAUGUGACCACCUUAACAUGGCUUGCGUGGAAGCUGCCAAGUCAGCCAAGAUACCCAGUAUUAUAACUUUAACAAUGGCUCUAGGCCCUGACGCUUCUGCACCAUAUAUUAACUCCGAUGCGGCUAACCUUCAUCGUCCAAUAAGCAAAGGUGUUCCAUUUCACGAAAGACUUGCUGACAGAGUCAUCAAUCCUUUGCGUUUCUUCAUAGGCACUCGAUCGUUUGCCAAGAGAAUUGCUCAAGAACAAAUGUCACUUGGUAUCAAGCCCACAAUUACUCCUCCAAAGAGUUGGGAAGACAGUAUCAAGAUUGUGAAUAUCGCCUUUGGCUUUGAAUUUCCUCGUCCUCUCGGUCCUUUGGUUGAACUUAUAGGUCCUAUUGUCCCUCAAACAUACCCAGCUCUUAACACUGAACUUCGAACCUUUCUCGAUCAUCAUCGCAAGGUCGUCUAUGUCGCCUUUGGUCAAUGGGCUGUGCCCAAACCAAGUGAUAUCAAGCUCAUCUUGACAGCCUUGCUUGAAAAUAUGGAAACCAAGCAUAUUGACGGCAUCAUAUGGUCUACUCGUGGCAUUCGAGAUCUAUUCCCUGAUAUGAUUACCACUCGAUCUAACACAAUCUAUGAUAUCAACAGUUUCUUCACAAACCCUGCUGGCAACUCCAACAUCGCCUUCGUUGACUGGGCACCUCAAGUCGCCAUUCUUCAUCAUCCUUCUACUUGCCUGUUCCUCACGCACGGUGGUGUUGGCUCCUUAUACGAGUCAAUGCAUGCUGCUGUGCCUGUUGCUGUAUUCCCCUUUUUCUGUGAUCAACCCGCUAC